AUGGACGACGUCCAGGAUUCGACCUAUAUCAAUUAUCAGAUGACAGUAGAUGCGGCUGUGCAAGCGCAGACGAAGGUUAAAAGCAAGAAUCGCCAUGUGCACAGCACAUACAGAGAAUCGCAACUAGAAGAGGAUAUGGAUGCGAUUCUGGCCAAUCCUCUGUCGCAAUAUCAUGUAUCCCAAGGGGUAGCAGACCUAUCACCAGCUGCGAUUACCGCUCUCAGAGAUCUCGACAACACUAUUGAAAAGGGGGACUUCACAGAAACUUUUCUGAAUGAGAAGCUGGAAUCGGCAGUUCAUGCGCUCAAUCCUGCAUUCGUCAAGGGAGUUGCGUACACUGAUUCACUACAAGAAGCGGAUGGAGCAGAUCAAAUGGCCAGUACUCAUAGCGGACCAAGAUCCAGCGUGCGGUUGCCUCGACAAUCGUCUGCAGACUUCGAAAUAGAAGAGGAACAUUCAUACGAGUCAGAGAGUGAAGCCAUACAAGACGAUGGACAGAAGGAGUAUGUCACGGACGACGCUGAGCUAGAGGCUACAUCGGUAGACGACAGUAUGAGCAGGAGCUUCGAUGAGGCUCGUAGUCUGGGUGGAUCAACGGAUGAGGCUAGAUCACCAGGACAGAUGGGGCGAUCAGAUGCAGACGACGAAAUGGACAUUGACCAUCGACAGGGAGGAGAGGAGAGUGAUGUGGAAGAGGAUGAGUUGGAGGCCGAACUAUUUAUUAAUGACGACCACUAUUCAAUGAAUUUGAUAGAGGAAGGCAUUGAGAGUCAAAAAAAGCAGGUUGACGGAAAAGAUGAUGUCGUUCCUGAAAAAUCGCAAACGUUACCAGGUUUUCCACACGACAAUGAAUCUGCAGAGGACAGUGAUUCGUCGCAUAGUUCCUACCUAGCACAUGUGUCGGAGGUUUACUCUGAAUUCCAGGCUGCACUACACCCUCUAAAGGCCUUGUCAGUCAACGAAGCUUCUAUGGAGAUGUUCGCAGAUGUCUAUAAAAAAUGGCAAAAACUGCGUUAUGACUUCAGUUGCAUCUAUAAGUUCGAAGGCGAUGAAGCAAGUACUUGGAACAGAUUCUGCACUGAAUUUUACAAGGAGCCCAGUCGUUAA